AACACCAACAACCAGUUUUGCCCCAUGGCGUCGUCCACCUUUUCUAGGCCAGGGUCUUUCCUGUGCAAGCAAUUGUCAUCAGCACGAAUUGCACGCUCUCUCUCGACAUCGUCGCUGUCUUUUCGUUCGCCAACGUCACCCCAGUGGAGAGCUGUCGCUGUCCCUUCCAACGAAUCGUCAUCCAACACAACACGCCAAUGGAGCCGUUGCCUUGUAACAACAACUCGUCAGAGAAGAGCAGCGCAGGGCUCUCAAGCUGAAGCAAAUGCUGCGGCCCCCAGCCCUGCGGAUGAUGCAGUUGCUAGCCAGUCUAUUGAAACUCAGAACCUCACCAAUGGGCUCGGCGACGAACCUCUUAUUCUUGACGAAGGAAAUCGACAAGUGGAUUGGUCGCGGUCAUUCCAUGGACUUUCGUCUGAGCCAUUUCCCAAGGAGACAGCGGACACAUUAUUGCAGGAGAUCCAUCCCGAUGAUAUCGAGGUAAAACCAGAUGGCAUCAUCUACCUUCCCGAGAUCAAAUACCGAAGGAUAUUGAAUAAGGCUUUCGGGCCUGGUGGAUGGGGUCUUGCUCCUCGAGGGGAGACGAUCGUGACACCGAAGUCUGUCACAAGAGAAUACGCACUCGUUGCUCACGGACGGCUCGUUUCCGUUGCACGUGGAGAGCAGGACUAUUUCUCGCCCGAAGGCAUCCCAACCGCUACCGAGGGUUGCAAAUCGAAUGCGCUGAUGCGUUGCUGUAAAGAUCUUGGUGUCGCCAGCGAGUUGUGGGAUCCGCGCUUCAUUCGAAAAUUCAUGUCGCAACAUGCAAAGGAAAUUUUCGUUGAGCACGUUCCAUCCAAGAGAAAGCGGAAGAUAUGGCUGAGAAAGGAUGAUCAAGUUCGCUAUCCUUACAAGGAGACCAAGGGUUUCGGGGCCUAAGAUGCAUGGCAUAUUACCGGGCAAGGCUAUGAGUAAAUGCCUUUACUGUUUGUUCUGGAAAUCAACAUAGCGACGGCAUGGCGACGGCAGCUAUUGUACAAUACUAAAUCUCAAAAUUCAUUCAACUCUCGAGAUAAUUUUGUCUUUUGGACUCGCUCACACCAGUAAUGUGUUCGCAAAGCGCACUGAACCCCUUAUGACACAUUGAAUUACUAAUGUCCGAAGCGCAUUUGCGAUAGAAAUGCUUUCUUAAAUCAAGGAUAUAAUGGCCGGCUUUAUCUGCAUUUGAACUUUGCAUUGAGCUAGCUAGCUGUUCAAUACUCAUAGAAGCCUUUUCCAGUCUUCUUUCCUAGCCACCCGGCAUCAACCAUCUUGGU